UAUCCGUCUGGUGAUUUCGGCAUUGGAUGGAGACCUUAGCAGUAUUGGAUUAUGUCCGCAUAGCAUCGUUCGCUAUCUUGCUGGUUUGGAUCCUUGCAGAGCUUGCCAGGCUGAACAAGAGACAUCGCCGAGAAGGACAUGGCGACAUGGUUUCAUCACAAAGAAAAGGGGAAGUCCUGCUACCAGCUUAUAUAAUUGUACUUUGCAAUGCUUCAAUCUCCUUGAUGCAUAUUUGUUUUUCUGUUCUUGUGUUCUGGAAGCGCCAAACUGUCUCCCUGGAUUUGAUCUUCAAAUCAGUCUCAUGGCUUCUAGUGACUCUCUUCUUGCUCUACUGCAAACAUGAAGGUGCAGGAGUUGUAUCCAACUGGCCUUCAGUUCUUCUCUCGUGGUGGUUCUUCAGCUUCUUAUCCGAAUCACUUCUCACUUCGUUGCAUUUGCUUCACCUCUUCAACUCUGCAACUGUUGUCGAUUUCACUUCUCUUCCCUUGUGCACAUUCAUCUGCCUCGUGGCAGUAACUAUGAGACCUUCCAAAGCAAACCAGCAAGACCAGAACCAACCGCUGCUUGUGAGAGAAGACAGUGAUGACAGUAGCACAGACAGGUUCUCCAACUCCGGGUGGUGGAGCUGCCUCACAUUCCAGUGGUUAAACCCAAUCUUUGAGAAGGGACACAAGGUGCGUCUUGAGCUCGACCAUAUCCCAUCUGUUCCACAGUCUGACACGGCAAACCAAUCUUAUGCAUUGCUUCAAGAGACACUUCACAAGCAGAAACCUGAGCCAAUGCCUAUGCGGAGAGCCAUUAUUUGUGCUGUCUGGACACCUUUGAUCGCCAAUGGAGUCUUUGCAGGGCUUAACACUAUUGCUUCCUAUAUGGGGCCAUUCUUGAUCACCUACUUAGUGGAGCUACUCUCUGACAAGAAUCCUGACAAGGGCCAUGGCCAUGGCUACAUGCUAGCAUGCCUUUUCUUUGCCUCAAAGACAGUGGAGUCACUUUCACAGCGGCAAUGGUAUUUUGGUGCCCGCAGGAUUGGUUUCCGGGUGCGUGCAGCACUGAUGGUAUCCAUCUAUCAGAAAUCCCUGCUGAUGAAGAACUCAAGCACAGCCAGCGGGAAAAUUGUGAACUUCCUCGAUGUCGAUGUUGAGAAGGUUAGCGAAUUCUUCUGGUACGUACAUAGAAUUUGGCUGCUACCCUUGCAAAUAUCCUUGGCACUUGCCAUUCUCUACCGUAGCCUUGGUGCAAUGGCCUCGCUGUCUGCAGUCCUUGCAACAGUUUUGGUUAUGGUGAGCAACACACCACUUGCAAAGUCACAGGAGAACCUCAACAUGAAGAUCAUGGAAGCGAAGGACUCACGGAUAAAGGCUAUGGCUGAAGCAAUGAAGAGUAUGAGGAUAUUGAAGCUGCAUGCAUGGGAGACAGCUUACUUUGACAAGCUACUGAAUCUAAGGGAUGUGGAGAGGGGAUGGCUCAGGAAAUAUCUCUACACAUGUUCAGCAAUUGCCUUCCUGUUUUGGGCCUCACCGACCUUGGUGUCGGUUGUCACAUUUGGUGUAUGUAUUCUUGUGGAGAUGCCAUUAUCAGCUGGAACAGUCUUAUCCGCCGUUGCCACGUUCAGAAUCCUCCAAGAUCCAAUCUACAACCUCCCAGAGCUCGUUUCAAUGGUCACACAAACCAAGGUGUCCCUAGAUAGAAUUGAAGAGUUCAUCAAAGAAGAACACCAGGGGAAGCCAAGUCGUUCUGACAAUAACACUAGGACUAAGGACCUGUCUAUGACUGGUGCAAUGGAAAUUGAACCAGGGGUAUAUGGUUGGGAAAUUGACAAUAGCUUGAAGAAGACAAAAUUCAUGCUUAAGAUUGACAGAAAGCUGAGCAUCAGCAAGGGUCAAAAGGUUGCAGUGUGCGGGCCAGUUGGUUCUGGUAAAUCAAGCCUCCUUUACAGCAUCAUGGGGGAGAUCCCAAGGAUUAAUGGUGCAGAAACAACAGUUUUUGGGUCAAGGGCAUAUGUUGCGCAGAGUGCAUGGAUUCAGACUGGGACAAUUCAAGACAAUGUGCUCUUUGGGAAGGAUAUGGACAGAAGCUUCUAUGAGGAGGUGCUGCAUGGUUGUGCUUUGGAUAGAGAUUUGGAGUUAUGGGCCAAUGGUGAUAUGACUAUGGUAGGGGAGAGGGGCAUGAACCUGAGUGGAGGCCAGAAGCAGAGGAUUCAGCUUGCCAGAGCAUUGUAUAGUGAUUCUGAUGUUUACCUCUUAGAUGAUCCCUUCAGUGCCGUGGAUGCACACACCGGAGCACAUCUCUUCAAGGAAUGUUUACUGAGGCUAAUGUCCUCUAAGACAGUCAUAUAUGUUACUCAUCAGCUAGAGUUCUUGAGAGAUGCAGAUCUUGUUCUGGUCAUGAAAGAUGGAAGGAUUGUUCAAUCCGGAAAAUAUGAUGAUUUGGUAGCAGACAGGAAUGGAGAACUCUCAAUGCAAAUGGCUGCACAUAACCAAUCCCUUAGUCAGGUCACACCUGCAAAAGCACAUGUCUUGACUAAAAAUAAGAGUCACAAGAGAAGGCAGACUGAGCUCACAGAAAUAGAAUUAGAUCACAAUGUAAUAGGCAGGGAAUGCGAGGAGGAGCGCGAAUCUGGAAGAGUUAAAUGGGAUAUUUAUCGCAAGUUUGUCAACUCUGCAUAUGGCGGAGCUCUCGUUCCUGUUAUUCUUGCAUGCCAAGUCCUUUUCCAGGGAUUGCAGAUAUGUAGCAACUAUUGGAUUGCAUGGGCAGCUGAGAGGCAGGAACAAGUAAGCAGGGAGAAGAUGAUAGGUAUCUUUGUGCUGUUAUCAGCUGGAAGUUCUGUGUUUAUAUUGGGAAGAGCUAUUGUCCUUUCAACGAUUGCCAUUGAAACUGCUCAUCAGUUCUUCUUAGGCAUGACCAGGAGUAUUUUUCGAGCACCAAUCAACUUCUUUGACUCCACUCCAUCAAGUAGAAUCCUCAAUAGGGCUUCAACAGAUCAAAGCACAGUUGACACAGACAUUCCCUACAGGCUUGCAGGGCUUAUCUUCGCAUUAAUUCAGCUCCUCAGUAUUAUUUUCAUCAUGUCUCAAAUUGCCUGGCCUAUAUUCAUUCUAUUCAUAAUUAUAAUUGCCAUCUCUACUUGGUAUCAGAGCUAUUACAUCUGUUCAGCUAGAGAACUAGCAAGGAUGGUUGGCAUAAGAAAAGCUCCAGUCCUCCACCAUUUUUCAGAGACUGUAUCAGGAGCAGCAACUAUUAGAUGCUUUAAUCAGGGAGAGAAGUUCUUCAGGAAGAGUCUUGCGCUAAUUGAUGACUACUCCCGCAUCACUUUCCACAAUUCAGCAACAAUUGAAUGGUUAUGUGUUCGCAUCAACUUCCUCUUCAACCUUGUCUUCUUUGUGACGCUAGUCAUCCUUGUCUCAAUGCCUCGAAAUACUAUUGAUCCAAGCCUCGCAGGGCUGGCAGCUACCUAUGGCCUUAACCUUAAUGUGUUACAAGCAUGGGUCAUAUGGAAUCUGUGCAACGUUGAGAACAAAAUGAUUUCAGUAGAAAGAAUUUUGCAGUUCUCAAACAUAACAAGUGAGGCCCCUUUAGUCAUUGAGGACUGUAGACCAAGAGAAUCAUGGCCCUGGUGUGGAACCAUUCAGAUCGAUUCUCUCCAAGUGAGGUACAACCCGGACAUGCCAAUGGUGCUCAAAGGCAUAAGCUGCACAAUUCCCGGAGAAAGGAAAAUUGGGGUGGUAGGACGGACAGGGAGUGGGAAAUCGACUCUAAUUCACGCCUUGUUUCGGAUUGUUGAACCAUCUGAAGGACGGAUACUCAUAGAUGAUGUUGAUAUAUCGCUUUUGGGAGUGCAUGAUCUGCGGUCAAGAUUAAGUGUUAUACCACAAGAACCGACUCUUUUCCAAGGGACAGUCAGAACAAACCUGGAUCCUCUACAGCAGCAUCUGGACACUGAAAUAUGGGAGGUUUUGCAUAAGUGCCGCCUUGAGGAGAUUGUGAGAGAAGACAGUAGAUUGUUGGAUGCACCAGUUGUUGAAGAUGGGGGAAACUGGAGCGUAGGACAAAGGCAACUUGUAUGCUUGGCCAGGGUAUUGCUAAUGAAGAAGAAAAUACUUGUUCUGGAUGAAGCCACAGCAUCGGUUGAUACCGCAACAGAUAAUAUCAUCCAAAAGACUAUAAGGCAAGAGACAAACAAUUGCACAGUUAUUACAAUUGCACAUAGGAUUCCUACUGUGAUUGACAGUGACCUUGUUCUUGUCCUAGGUGAAGGUAAGAUACUAGAGUUUGAUUCUCCAGAAAAUCUCCUCAGAGAUGAAUCAUCAGCUUUCUCAAAGCUGGUGAUGGAAUUCGUGGGAAGAUCAUCAUAGGGUAGACAUCAACCAGAGUUAACAUAGAGAUAUCAAGCAGCCACCAACCUACUUAACUCCAUCUAGACUUGUAUUUAUCAACAUUGAAACUAACAGGGCAUGAAGAAGGUUUACGAGUGGACAGCAGGCAUCAGAAGUACAGAAGGAAAUUUUGGUUUAAGUGAAGACUAUGCUAGCAUUAGAUACUGAUCUUUUCCUGAUCUAGCCCUUACCAAUUGGACAGUUGCUGAAUGGUGUUCAUAUUAUAUUGGCAAUGCAAGUGAUCUUAGAUAGAUUCAUAUUCUUUUCCACCAACUACUAGAUCAAAAUAAAUUGUAGCCUUAAUUAUAUUCACCAAAUCAUUCGUUGUUGAUUUGUU